GAAGCGCGCCCGGUAACGGAAGUGCGGUAGUUCCCGUUUCCGGCAGACGGACGGACGACUUCGACGGAAUCGACGCUUGCUUGUGUGUACUCGCUUGACAAGCGCGCGCCCGGGUCAGCAGCUCAGGUAGCUAGCGAGCUAGCAGCAUGGCUUUGAUCUCCUUGGAAGACCUGGAGGGAUUGGACGAAGACGAGGACAUCGCCGACGUCGACGCCGAGGCCCAGCCAAUGGGGGAGGAGCAGUCGGACAACCUGCUCGCUCAUUGGCGGGCCGUGGGCCGCACGCAUCAUGUCUCCGUGCCUGCGGAAAUGAGGGGGCCCAUCCACGAGAUGACGCGGAACAACCAGCAGAGGGAGCCUGUCCCCUUUGCGCCGCUCUCCCGCCAGGAGAAGAUGGGCGAGCUGAUGUGGGAGGAGCGCGCCUACCCGGCGGGGAAGUGGGCAUGCGUGCGCCACGCCGAGGAAUUUUACGAGCAGAGCAUCUCCCAGAGCUUCAUGAAGUUGAUGAGAUUCAUCUGCAAGGAGAACUCGGAAGGUCACCACUUAGGCAUGACGGUUCCGGUGGUGAGCACUGUGGCGCUGUCGUCAGACGGCAAGACAAUGGACAAGAGCGUGCUGACCGCCUUCUACUUGCCCGCCGCCUAUCAGGCGUCGCCGCCGCAGCCGAGCGACCCCGAUGUGAUCGUGGCACAUCGAGAUGCCUUCACCGUGGUGGCCGGGCCCUUCUUCGGAACCACCACGGAGGAGACGGUGACGCGCCACGCGGGCCUCCUGCGGGAGCUCCUGGGCCCGGCGGCGGCCCAGAGCCUGCGCUCCGACAUCUACAUGGUGGCAGUCUACGAGAACCCGGGCGUCCCGCGCCGACGCAACGAGAUCUGGUUCCUGCGCCGCUAAGACCCGUCCUCUUACCUCGGAGAAAACCCCCUCUGUUAUAGCAUGCUAGCAAAUAUUUUUGUAUCUUUUGAAACAAAGUCACAAAUAACCCUGAUGGUUUUCCACCAAAAUCUUGUUUGAUGAACUUUUAUUGUGAAAUAAACGCGUGGUCAAACGGACAACGUGGCCGCAGUCUUGUCGGGUGUCGCCACGGUAACGAAAAGGCUUCCAAUAAAAAACAACGAGGGGCUAUAUUUACACAAAGAAACACUGGAGAGCGGCCUCAGAUUAAAUCGGCAACUGCGGAAGAGAAAGAGCAGACGUCACCGACCGGCGGUUUUGAAAACCGUCAAAACCGCCGGCCGGCGUUUACCGUUCAUGGGCAUCUCGUCGAUCUGCGUGGAGUAGUACUGCUCGAUAUCCCGCAGGAUCCUGAUGUCGUCGUUCUUGACGAAGUUGAUGGCCACGCCUUUGCGGCCGUAGCGACCCGAGCGGCCGAUCCUGUCGGGGGAAGAACGGUCAGCGGUAGGCGAGGCGCGGAUGACAAAGGGCGGGCCUACCUGUG